AUGGAUGGGAAGGGGCAGUCUAGACACUCAGAUGCGCGCUACCUCUCUCCACCAUAUCGCUCACGCGGUCCAAUUCAAUUCAAAACACAAAAUAUUCCUCAUCUAGACGUCCACGGUACACGUUCCGUGCUGCCAACCCCACUAACUAAUCCGACCACGCCCUCGCCCGGCAACAGGGCUCGUCCGCCAGCGCAUGUCCCCGUCCCCCGUCCUCGUCCCGCGUCGCUGGCCUCUGUUGCGUCAUCGCCCGAGCACACUCGCCGAUUGGCAUGGCAAUGGCGCAGUAUAGCCGAAAAGACUGGGAAUGCGUCAUCAAACGAGAAGAGUAAGUCUUCCCGCCAAAAGCACGUUUACAACCUACGUCUAUCUCUGUGCUUCUCUGCCUCGAACCUCUUCCACCUCGCACGCGGUAUGCACACUAAUCGUCAUCACUUCUUUUCGGGACACGCUGAUGACCGCGGUCUCGAUCCUUUCGCACGCACAAUAAUAUCGUGA